AUGGCGACCGCAGCUGCCCCCGAGUCUUCGCUCCUCUCCCUCCUCUACCGCUCGUACCCGGCCACCAUCUCUCCCGAUGCCACCGAGCCCGAUUACCUCCACGCCUCGGCCAAGAUCUUCCCCACGGUGAACUUUGGCGAGGCCGAUGACGCAGAGAUCAAGACGUGGCUGAACACCGUCUCUGGCCUCAAGAAUGCCCAGGCCAAGGGUGAAAAGGACGCUAUUGACAGUAUUCUGGCCCAGGUCAACACUCACUUGGCCUCACGCACCACCCUGCUCGGUGCGAAGCCCUCGGUCGCCGAUAUUGCUGUCUAUGCCCUUCUGGCUCCCUUGGUCGAGAAGUGGUCGCCCGAGGAGCGAACGGGAGAGAAGGGUUAUCACCACAUUGUGCGUCAUGUCGACUUUGUGCAAAACUCCAAGCUCUUCUCCCUGCAGAUCCCCGAGGAGGAGAAGAUCGCCAUCGACGUGAACGAUGUCAAGUUCGUGCCCAAGCCCGUCGACCCCAAGGAGGAGAAGGAGCGCAAGAAGCGUGAGAAGGCCAAUGGCCAGAACUCCGAUGCUGGCGCCGAGAAGCCUCUCGUCGUCGGCAAGGGUAAGCCCGAGAACCCUGCCGGAGCUGCGGCUGAGGCCGCCGCCGGUCCCCCCAAGACCAACAAGAAGGAGAAGAAAGAGAAGAAGGAGAAGCAGCCCAAGGCUCCCGCUGCUCCCGCCCUUCCUCCUUCUCCCUCUCUCAUCGACCUCCGCGUUGGCCACAUCCUGCGUGCCAUCAACCACCCCAAUGCCGACUCCCUCUAUGUUUCCACUAUUGACUGUGGCGACGCCCCCGGCGCCGAGAACACCUCUCUCGAUGAGGAGACUGGCAAGACCGUGCGCACCGUGUGCUCCGGUCUGAACGGCCUGAUUCCCCUGGCCGAGAUGCAGAACCGCAAGAUCGUGGCCGUCUGCAACCUGAAGCCCGUGACCAUGCGUGGCAUCAAGUCCGCCGCCAUGGUCCUGGCUGCUUCGCCCCGCGUUGCCGAGGGCGAGGACUCGCACGCCGGCCCUGUCGAGCUCGUCAACCCCCCUGCCGAUGCUCCCGCCGGUGAGCGUAUCACCUUCCAGGGCUGGUCCGAGGGAGAGCCCGAGAAGCAGCUUAACCCCAAGAAGAAGGUCUGGGAGACCUUCCAGCCCGGUUUCACCACUACCGAGGACCUUGAGGUUGCCUUUGACAGCAGCGCCGUUCCCGUUGCUAAGGAGCAGGAAAGCAAGCCUGCUCUCGGCAAGCUGGUUACUGCUUCCGGUAUCGUGUGUACCGUCAAGAGCCUGAAGAAUGCUACCGUGCGGUAA